AUGGUUCUCGAGCUUCGCCCUUGCACGGAGAUGGACAUCCCAGAGUUUGUCCGGAUCCAAAUCGCCGCCUUCGGGGAAGGUGGAGGUAUGACACAGUUUAUGGUCGAGCACCCACCGUCAGAGGCUUACAUCAACAAAUCUGUCGACAAGCACGUCAAGUCGAUUCGAGAAGAGAAAGACAUCACGUACCUCAAAGUCGUGGACACCGAGCUAGAUGGCCAAAUGAUCGCUGGCGCCAAGUGGCGCAUCAACCAGAAAGAGCGCACGGAAGAAGAAAUACAAUCUAUGCUGCCAGUACCAGGUAAAGAAGAGAAUGGCAAGCAGGCAAUGAUUGACUUCAUGUGGUACUUAACCAAGUCCAGGAAGGAGUUCAUGGGAACUAGACCUUUCUAUUUUCUACACAUACUCAUCACAGAUCCUGCGCAUCAUCGUCGCGGGGCUGGUGCUAAGCUUGUUCGCUGGGGAACAGAGCAAGCCGAUGCUGAUCAGCUACCCUGCUUCCUUGAGUCUUCGGUUAUGGGUCGGCCGCUAUAUGCCAGAUACGGCUUCACGCCUAGGCUGGAACAGAAAUUCGAUCUUACAAAAUACGGGGGCCAGGGCGAGGAUACGAACACAAUCAUGAUCCGAGAUCCUGUGAAAGCUUAG